AUGCAACUAAGGGAGUGGGGCCUCAUGUACGCAGGUCAGGGACACGGCUUGGUACGAUUGUGGUUGGGAACAAGGCCAAUGGUAAUCUGCAUCAGACCAGAAACGGCCAAGCUUGUCCUCGAGAGAUCGGACACGAUAACAAAAGGAGACGAGUAUGGUAUUUUGACUCCAUGGCUCGGCACUGGUUUGCUGAUUUCGACGGGGGAGAAAUGGCGAACGAGGCGAAAACUUCUCACUCCCUCGUUCCACUUCAAAGUGUUAAACGAUUUCCAGGCUGUGCACGACAGACAAGCGAAGAUUUUCAUUAAUCAAUUGGAAAGGAUUGCCAAGGAUGGCGAAGAGUUUGACAUUUUUUCCAUAUUCGUCAAGCGGUGCGCUCUUGAUAUCAUUUGCGGUGGGUUCUGCAACAUCUAUAUGAUCGAAAAUAACAACUGA